UGUCAGGUAUAAAUGGUGAUUUUUCCCGUUAUAUGCAAUUAUACAAUUACGGAAAAUUACAAUUUGGAGAAAAUGAAAACCCGCGAAAAAGUACAUCAUAUCCGGUGUGGCAAAUCUUCGAAACUUGGUCUGCCAGAAAGAUUAACGGUCGCCGAAAUAGACGCAAACCAUGAAGAAAAUCGAAACGAUGAGUUCGAUUACACAACCAACAAGUUGGACCAAUUGAUAUCCGAUCCUAUAACGCGCGAAAAUACACGUUGGAUUGCUCGUUUGCUCGGAAAUUUUCUUCAUGAGAUAGAAGAGAAUGGAUUCAUGGUUCACAAUUUGGAUCUGGUUUCAAGACUAUUGGAGUUUGUUGCACUAAAGUCGGGCAUCUUUGCUGAAUUCAAAGUGUUGUUGAACAGGAUGCUGCGACUGUGCAAAUUGCCGCUUGUAUUGCAGAAAACAUCAGAUUCGUUGCGAUACAAUGACGCUGUGGAAUUGUACUUUUCAACACUGGGCCAUUUGAUGACAGAAGCUCUUCACAAGGAUCAUGAAAUCUUGAUGGUUCUCGAAGCUAUUUCGAAUCUGUUGGUCUUGAGGAAAAAUAAUGACCAGCUCGCUUCUGUCCCUUACCUUAAACUCGAGAUUUGUCACAAAGCAAUGGAAAAAUCAAGACUACCAAUACAUCUAAUGGAAUUGUUACGAGUAUCAUCUCUCGCAGUCUAUGACCAAGCAUUAAACGUUGUCCUUAUUCUUGUAACUACAUCCAAUAAUUGCUGCUGGAAAAUGAUGCAAGGUGGAAUAUUGGAUAUUCUCUUUGUCAGAAUGAGCGAUCCUACGGGUAAUGAAGAUAGUCUACGAGCUGCUUGUUCAAAUGUGCCACCUAUUUCCAAGCAGUACGCUCAAUCAGAAAUCAAUCGAAAAGCACUGACGAGCAACAUUGCCUGGUAUCUCAUGAGUUCGAUUCUAUUCCAGCAACAGUCCAAAAGCAACCUCUGUGCCGUUGAAAAAUUGAGUGUUCCUGCUAUCGACGCCAUGAGAAAUUUACGAAACGUAUUUCGCUAUCAAGUUAUCGAGAGUUGUAGAGGAAACAUGGCAAACCGAUCGCUGCGCAACGACCUUGCAGUUCUGAUCUUAAUGGGGUUGGCAGCUCGUCCCUCGUGGCACUUGAUCCGAUGCGGUCUCGCAGAGGACCUCAUUGUACUUUCGCUCGAUUGUCAAUCAGAAGUUGAAGCCAAUAAUGAAAAUUUAAUGUUUCGAAAAAUCCUCCUGACCGUACUUUAUCAUCUUUCGAAUCGUGGUGCGGCCAUCGCCAUAAUGGCGAAGAAGGGAGUAAUACCCGCGAUUCUCGAGAUGGUUAAUCCCACCAAAAUCGACAACGGGACUCGUCCCUCUGGGAGUAUAUCGCAAUUCUGGUAUUUGUCGGAAUUUGCCAUGAGAGUACUCGGCAGAUUGGCCAAGAGGAUGCCCGAAGAAUUUGUGCGGAGCGAGGGCCCAGCCAGGCUGUCUCUACUCGUCGAAUGGAGCCUGAACGUGGAAUUCGAUGACCGGCUGAUGAUCGAACUCGCUAGAACGAUCUGUGUCAUCGCCAACACGGAGUCUCGUUUAAUUCUCGAUAAUCUUGCCGCGGAAGGAUUAGUUCCGAUCCUCUUCAGUGAGUGCAGCAACCUUAUUGUUUCCCAUCUCUUUAAGAAUGAAAUAAUUUUUGUUGUAUUUGCUAUACGCGCCUUACAUGCAGGAUUGAUCCGUCGAAUCCUAGCGUUUGCUCUUCUGAGCAUGCAGCAUCAGAGAAUACUGACGCUUGUAUUAACAACGAUUGAGGAAAUUUCGGUGACAGAACGAAAUUGUAUUCGCAGCUGUGAUCUCUCGAGCGUUGAAACGAUCGUCCAACUGUUACGUCGAUGUUUCCAGCGACGGAGCAAGCAAGAUUUCCAGUUGGAUCAGAGGUUACUGGUGGCAAUCGGGUCUUACAUUUGGAAGCGCAUCGUUCGUUGUCCAGAGAUGAGCGACGAAUUUGUUGAGAACGGAGGGAUAUACGCGAUUCUCGACGUCAUCGAGGAGCAAGCCUCGUUCAACGCGCGCUGCGUAUUCAUCGGCAUCCUCACAGACAUGGCUUUAAACCAGUACGGUGCUCCGCAUUUCUCGACCUGGCGCGGGGCCGAUAAGACGAAAGGAUUUGUCUCGCUGUUGGCUAAAUGCUGGCGCGAGGAAGAAAUACGAAGCGGUGUCAAGCGCACUGCCGACGGUUGCAUCGACGACGUUGAACUUCCGAUAAUGGGUACGGAACAGUGGAUAAACACUAUUCGUGCGAGAUCUCCGAGCCACCACUUCAGUCCAGUUCUCUGUUCGCUUCUUGCGUCGGUCAGGCCCAAAAUUUACUGUUUGCGAAGAAUAAUCACCGGUGAGGUCGGUGCUCAUCUCGGGUAUCGCCAAUCCCGAGAGCACUAUAAAAUUUUCACUGACGAUUCCUCCCAGCUGCCGCUCGAGGACCGGAUGGCGAUGUACAUAGCGGAUCAUUUCUACAGAUUCGUCCAAGGAGAAUUGUGGGCGGAAGUUUCCCGUGAUCUCGAACAAAGCGGUUUAAAUGUAUUGGGAAUGGACGGUGAGAUAAUACAAAUGAUGAAUCAACGACAUCGAGAUUGGGGCAUGUACGUACGUGGGCUCCAGAAGGAGCUCUUGAGAGCUGAGAAAAAACGAGAAACCGAGCGAGAGCGCAAAGAAAUUGGUAAAAUCCAAGAUUCGCGACUAAGCACGGCCCUUUCCGCCCUCGACGACAUCGAUUACCUUCGACGAACUACAGAGCGCGGCUACAUGCUCGCAGUUAAUAAAUUACAAUGCGAUAAGGUCAACAAAGCUCUUAAAUUUCCCAGUAUCCUUUCCGACCGAGAACACUGUCACAGGACAUUCGAUCAGAGAUUCAAAUUUACGACGAUUUCGGAUCAGAAUCACCGCGUUUCCAGCGCAUACGGCUCGGCGAGCUCCCCCGACACUAAACUCUUGCCCAUCCUUCCAGUUUCACCGAUAAGCUCGUCGUCUUCAAAAUUAUUCGACUCGGUGACUCGUGGCUGCUCCUCGAAAACAAAUGUACAUCCCCGACGCAUGUAACUCAUAACGGGUUCGAUUUUAAUUAGGAGGAAUAAAUUUUCAUUGUCACCCGUU